CUAAAACCCUAAUUGAGACCGUGCCCGUAUAUAUUAACUCUCACCACUACUUGUACCUCAGCCGAAGCAGCAGAGAUAAGCCGCACAUAGCACCACCAGGUCGGCGAGAAUGGGGGCUUACACCUACGUCUCGGAGCUAUGGAGGAAGAAGCAAUCGGAUGUGAUGAGGUUUUUGCUGAGGGUGAGGUGCUGGGAGUACCGCCAGCUUCCUUCCAUUGUGCGAGUCACCAGACCCACUCGCCCUGAUAAGGCCCGCCGCCUGGGUUACAAAGCCAAGCAGGGUUAUGUUGUCUAUCGUGUACGUGUAAGGCGUGGUGGACGGAAGAGACCAGUUCCUAAGGGUAUCGUGUAUGGAAAGCCCACAAACCAAGGUGUCACUCAGCUGAAAUUUCAACGAAGCAAGCGCUCAGUUGCGGAGGAACGUGCUGGCAGGAAGCUGGGUGGUCUUAGGGUUGUCAAUUCUUACUGGAUCAAUGAGGAUUCCACUUACAAGUACUAUGAGGUAAUCUUGGUCGAUGUUGCCCAUGCUGCAAUCCGCAAUGACCCAAGGAUCAACUGGAUCUGCAAUCCUGUUCACAAGCACAGAGAGCUUCGUGGACUCACCUCUGCAGGGAAAAAAUACAGGGGUCUUCGUGGAAGGGGACACUUGCACCAUAAGGCACGACCUUCAAGAAGGGCUACCUGGAAGAGGAACCAGACUCUAUCCCUCCGUCGCUACCGUUGAUCUUGUUAACGAUAUUGGUCCUCUUAUUUUCAUUCUAAUUUUGGUUUGUCUGCCAUUGGAUUUUUGUUUCUUUGAGACUAUUGAGUUUCCAGUUUCUCUGUCAAGAUAUCUAGUAGUCUGCUUGGUUUGUGGGAUAUUAUAUCAAAUAUGAGCACCUUCAAUUUUAUCAUUUUAGAUAAAAAUGGUGGACAUCAGGACAUGUUUGCAUAUUUGUGUUUGGAUAUAGCCUUGUUCUUCUCCUCUCUUCUACGGUUUGAUAAGUGAAAAAAUCUUGGAAGCUGCUAUGACUGAUAAAGAU